GCUCCACGCUGCGCUGCUCCGCGGGGCUCUCGGCUCCUCACCGCCCGCGGCGGCGAGGAGUCCCCGGGGCACCUUCGCGUGUGUGUUUGUGUGUCUCUGUGUGUCUCUCUGUUGGGUGAGUGGCUUCUGGCUUGGUGUGGUUUUGUCUUGUUGGCGUGAGGGUGUCGGGUCUCAUCGAAGCGGGACCGGUGUCCGUGGGUGGGGGCGUCACGUCUCUGCUCCUGGAGGCUCUUGGGUCCAGGGUGUGUGUGUGGAGCGGUUGUGUCUCGCGUGUGCACGGCUGUCGUGUUGUUCAGCUCUUGUUCUUCAGUUGCGCAUGGCUCUGCUGUUGUGUCUUCGGGUUGAGCGUGUAGCUGCCGUGUCCCAGUUCUGCGUGGCUCUGCUCGUGUGUGUUGAGGUGCGUGACUGCCGAGCUAUGGGACUGAGCGUGUAGGCAGCGUGUCCCCGCUGUACUCGGCUCCGUUGCGUGCUGUUGCCGUGUCUUCGGGGCGGUGCGGGGCUGUGCUGCCCUGCCCGGGGUGGAGGUGCGGCCCCGGUGCCCCGGGCCGUUCUGUACGGCUGAGCUGCCGGGACCGGGCGGCGAAAUGGAGCACCUCGGGGCUCACCAUCUGCACCAAGGCCAAGCUGAGCCCAUCAGCUUCGGCAUCGACCAGAUCCUCAACACGUCGGAGCCGGGCAGCUGCAUGGUGUCGCACCCGCGGCUGCAAGACUCGGCGGACUAUGGACUGGGCUGCAUUGUGGGCAGCGCCUACAACACGGUCACUGGUGGCUACGGGGCGAGCGGCGGCACGGCCGGCGCCUACACCAGCACCUCUUGCAGUAUGGGCGGCCUGCCCGGCUCCUACAACGUGAACAUGGCGGUGAGCAUGAACGGCAACACCUUGAGUUCGGCCGGAGGAGUGAUCCGCGUCCCGGCCCAUCGCCCGGUGACCGGCGGCGUGCACCAGCCCCUCUCCGCCGCCGUGCCGGCGGUGAACGGCAUGAACAGUCUCACGGGGCUCACCUUCCCCUGGAUGGAGAGCAACAGGCGAUACACAAAAGACAGGUUCACAGUGGCCCUCUCACCCUUCACUGUAACACGCCGUAUAGGUCACCCCUACCAGAACCGCACGCCCCCCAAGAAGAAGAAGCCGCGGACAUCCUUCACCCGCCUGCAGAUCUGCGAGCUGGAGAAGCGCUUCCACCGGCAGAAAUACCUGGCCUCGGCCGAGCGCGCUGCCCUGGCCAAGGCCCUCAAGAUGACGGAUGCCCAGGUGAAGACUUGGUUCCAGAACCGGCGCACCAAGUGGAGGAGGCAGACAGCGGAGGAGCGGGAGGCUGAGCGGCAGCAAGCAAACCGCAUCCUCAUGCAGCUGCAGCAGGAGGCCUUCCAAAAAACUAUCAACCAGCCCAUCCAAGCCGACCCCAUCUGUGUCCAUAACUCCUCCCUCUUCGCCCUCCAGAACCUCCAGCCUUGGUCUGAUGACUCCACCAAGAUCACCAGUGUCACCACUGUCGCCUCUGCUUGCGAAUAAGACUGGCACCCACCAGUGGCACAUGCACCUUCUGCCAGUGGGGCUGUACCUGGUGGGACAUGUGUCAUCCCCAGUGGGAUGUGUGACAUGCCUAUUUGUCCCCAGGGAAGGGUGGCACCCUGCGAUCCCCUGACCACUCAUGAAUCCCAUGUGUCUGGCCAGGAAAACCCUCCAUGAGGACUGAAAGGAAGGGAAAUCAAUCAAAAGACUUUCCCUGCCUGUGGGGCUGCUGGAGCAGCGGUGGUGUCUUGCCUCCCCCCAGCCCUUGUUCUCUUGAAAGUCUCUGGUGCCGACCAUGAACUUGCGGACGUGCUGCCAGACAAAAGCCCAGCCCUGAUAGACAUGGCUGCCAGCGUUCACCCAGCCGGGGGAGAAAAAACUUCCUUUGGAUUCUGCUGGCAGUGGUGCAAAGCCUGAGGUCACCCCUAUAUAUCCAUGUAUAUAUAUAUAUAUAUAGUGUGUAUAUAUAUAUGUGUUCUUUGGACUGGUGGCUUGAAACAAAAGGAGGACGUUCCCUGGAAAACAUGGCUCUUAUGAAAGCCUCCUCGGGUCGUCUGUACCGGAGACGUUUAGGGAUACAACAAAUGGAGGAAACAGCAGCAAUUUCUGCUUGCACCAGAUGGGAACCCUUCAGAGCUCACCUCGCCGUCUCUCCUCCCCUUUUUCAUUAAUUUUUUCUUGCAAGGGGGGAAUAAGAGAAGGAUCUGACAGACUCCUGAGGACGGUAAAUAUGAUAUCUCAAUUGUAUGAUGAGCCCAAACUGUCCCUGGCUGCCACAGACUCUGUACCCAUCAGUGUGUAUUUUAAUAACAAGAAGACCUUGCUGGCAGUUUGUGGGGGUAAUGCAGUUUCUUUCUGUGGAUUAUUUCCAUAUUAUUUGCAAAAUGUUGUUCAAUGUUUUAUUUUACCUGUUUCCCUUUAGAAGGCAAUUCCUGAUGGCAAAAAAUCAAUUUCACUUUCAACUGUUUAACUUAGUUGUUUCUUUAAUUGUACUGAGGGAAUGACACACAAUUAAACAAAGCACUUCUUAUAGCAAAUGCCAGGAAUAUAUAUAUAUAUAUAUGCACACAGUAUAUAUUUUUCAAUUACUUGUAAUCUAAAAACAGCACUGCCAAUGUAAACAUCCAGUACAAACAAGCAAUCGGAAAAACUAUUUUCAGUGAGACUUUUAAAGGCUUUUUUUUUUUUUAAUUUAUGCACUUAUGAGGUGUUUUAUGUGUAUUCAUUUUAUAAAAUGCUUGUGUAAUUUAUGUGGAAACGCAAAAGAAAAGAAAAAAAAAUCUCCAGGGUACUGAAUAAAUCAUUUAAAGCCUU